AUGUCGCGCCUCAUCGUCAAGGGCCUGCCAUCUUAUCUAUCUGAUGCGCGACUGCGCGACCACUUUUCUGAAAAGGGCCAUGUCACGGAUGUAAAGCUGAUGAGGCGGCCUGACGGCACGUCCCGUCGCUUUGGGUUCGUAGGCUUCCGCACGGAGGCGGAGGCGGCAGAGGCGUGUGCGUAUUUUGACCGCACGUACAUCGAUACCUCGCGCAUCUCGGUCGCACCCGCCAAGAAGAUCGGCGACGAAGAUCUUGCGAAGAAAGAGCAUGUGCGCGGGGGGGCUAAGGCCGCCGCGCCCACUGAGGCUAAGCCACCGCGGACAAAGGCGAGCGAGAAGGGCGCCUCGUUUGAAGAGUUUCUCUCAGUCAUGGCGCCGCGGACGAAACGCAAGACGUGGCAGCAAAACGAGGACCUCGAUACGGCUCAUGCAGCAGGGGCGGAGGAGGCAGUGGCGGAGGCGCCGCAGGCGAAGAAGCCCAAGCGUGCUGCCGUGCCCGCGGCGCCAGACACGCCGCCAGUUGUGGCCCCGACUGACGGCGCUGCUGCGGAUGAGACGCUCUCGGACCUCGAGUACAUGCGGCGGCGCAUGCGCCACCGGGUCGCCGGUGGCGACGAGCCGCCCAAGGUGUUCGAACAGAGCGACUCGGAAGCCAGCGAGGCGGAGGAGGAAGCGGACGAAGCGCCUGCGGCUGAGCGGCGGCGUGCGCAGCUUGAGGAAGAGCAGCGACGCGAUGAAGAGAAUGUCGAUACGAUUAUGGAAUCAGGCCGGCUAUUUGUGCGGAACCUGCCAUAUUCGGCGACGGAGGACGAGUUGGAGAGCUUCUUUACGACGUAUGGCCCCGUGGAGCAGGUGCAUAUUCCCCUCGACCCACAGACCAAGGCGUCCAAGGGUCUAGCGUUUGUCAAAUAUCACGAUGCAGCGCACGCGCUGCUCGCAUUCCGGGGGCGCGAUGGUGCCAUCUUCCAGGGUCGCCUCUUGCAUGUACUGCCGGCUGUAAGCCUGGCGCCGAAGCCUGCACACCCUGCGACGCUGAAGCAGAAACGCCUCGAGGCGAAAAAGGCCCAGGCCGGCAAGGACUUUAACUGGAGCAUGCUGUACAUGAACAGCGAUGCCGUUGCCAACUCGAUCUCGCACCGCCUGGGUAUCGACAAGGCGGCGCUCUUAGGCACCGAGACGGACACGCAGGUGAGCCCCGCGGUGCGCCUUGCGCUUGCCGAGACGCGCGUGAUCCAGGAGACGAAGCAGUUCUUUGCGGAGCAGGGCAUCGAGCUGGACAGACUUGAGCGCGUUACAGCGCGCGCAGACGAUACCAUUCUGGUCAAGAACCUGCCGUAUGGGACGACGGGCGAGGAGAUUCGCGCGCUGUUUGCGCGGUUUGGCGACGUGGGACGUGUGCUGAUCCCACCGGCCAAUACGUUGGCCGUGGUCGAGAUGCCCGUGGUGGGCGAGGCUCGGGCGGCGUUCCGUGCACUCGCGUACAAGCGGUUCCGUGACUCCGUGCUCUACCUCGAAAAGGCGCCUGCGUCGUUCCUCCCGCCGCGCGAUGCGUCGAAGCCGGCUGAGAUCAUCUCGGGUGUUCAGGGCAAGACGGUGCCCGACUCGAGCCGCUCGCUGCGGGACGUCGACGAGGCACCCGUGGCAGCUGAUGCGACGCUGUACAUUAAGAACCUAAGCUUUGCGACGACACCGGAGCGCCUUACCGAGGCAUUCCAUGCGCUCGAUGGCUUCCUCUUUGCGCGUGUGCAGACCAAGCCGGAUCCUAAGCAGCAGGGCCGUCGCCUCAGCAUGGGCUAUGGCUUCGCAGGCUUCGCGUCGCUUGCGCAGGCGCAGGAGGCGCAGAAGAAGAUGGACGGCGACGUGCUCGAUGGGCACACACUCAGUGUCUCGUUCGCGCGACGCGGCCGCGACGCGGAUGACGCUGCGCCGAAGAAGGCCCCGUCGACCAAGAUGCUCGUGAAGAAUGUGCCAUUCGAAGCGACAAAGAAGGAUCUGCGCGAGCUCUUUGGCGUGCAUGGGCAGCUCAAGAGUGUGCGGCUUCCGAAACAGGUGCAUGGGCGGACGCGCGGCUUCGCGUUUGUUGAGUUUGUGUCGCGGCGCGAGGCGGAGCAUGCUAUGAACACCCUGCGCCACACGCACUUGCUCGGCCGCCAUCUAGUGCUGGAGUGGGCCGGCGAUGCCGACGGUACGGCAAGUGUCGACGAGCUGCGUGACAAGACGCGCAGGGCGUACGUGAGUGAGGCCGAGCGGUCCGCUCUCGUGGGCCAACGCGCCAAGAUUCGACUCGGUGCCGAGCAGGUCGCCGAGGCUGUGGCACAGCAAAAGGCACAGGAUGACGACGAUAGUGAUGCAUAG